AUGCGCGCGUCGUGACGUCAGAGCCGAGUCCCCGCCCCUUCGUCUUCCGGUAUCAUGGCCGCGCACUGAACAGAAACGACAAGGCGACGGUGCUCACUGGCGUGUUUGUUAGUGCGGUGUAAUGACUUCAAAUGUACGGCCAGGCUGGUGUGUUUGAGAUGGCGGCGACGCAGCUGUUCCGGCUGGUUGUCCGCCAGUCGACAACUCGUGUUUCCCUCAAGAGGUACAGCAAGGUGUGCCCGGCCUUGCUGGAGCAACUCCAACACUUCGAGUCUCUUCGGGAGAGAAAGAACGACAACAAGAGGAGAGCUGAACCGUGGGAAAAGCCCCUCAGCAUCCGGGUCGGUGACAGCCAGGUGGUGAAGGGAGCAGCCGGGGUCACCACGCCGCUCUCUGUCGCUCAGAGUAUUGGGGAGAAAAGGGCCUUGGUGAGUAAGGUGAAUGGGGAGCUUUGGGACCUUGGGCGCCCCCUAGAGGCUGACUGUGAACUACAGCUUCUUGGGUUUGACACACCUGAGGGCACGCAGGCCGCGUGGCGGACAGGAGCAUGCGUGCUCAGUUGGGUGCUGCAGAGGGAGUUUGGUGCCAGGGUGUGUCGCGAAGGGGCGUCAGACCUGGGAUUUUACUGUGACCAUGUGAUGGAGAACAGCGACCCGCCGCCUCUGAGUGACGUGGAGCAGAGAUGCAAGGAGGCCGCCGCCCUGACGCUGCCUCUGAGCAGGCUGGAGCUGAGCGCACAAGAGAUCGAGGAGCUCUUCCAGGAUGACUCACUCCGAUCGCAGCUUGUCCAGGAGCAGAUGGUUGGGCCCACUGCUACGGUGUACAGGUGUGGAGACAGCAUAGCGGUCUCUAAUGGCCCACUCCUCCCACACACGGGGAUCCUCAAGGUCUUCAAGAUCCUACAGCUGUCAACUGUGACCCUGGCCAAUCAGAAUGUGUGCGCUGGUUUGAUGCGUCUCUCCGGGGUGGCCUUUCCGAAAGAGAAGGAUAAGGUGGAGUGGGAAAGAAUGCAGAAGGAGGCCCACAGGAGGGACCACAGACGCAUCGGGACGGACCAGGAGUUGUUUUUCUUCAAUGACGUCAGUCCAGGAAGUUGCUUCUUCUUGCCGAAAGGAGCACACGUGUACAACACCCUCACAGACUUUGUCAAGAGCGAGUACCGACGGCGAGGCUUCACCGAGGUCAUCACCCCGACGCUGUACAGCACUGCAUUGUGGGAGCGCUCGGGUCACUGGGAGCACUACGCCGACAACAUGUUCACCGUGACGUCCGAAGGCUCUCAGACAUAUGCCCUCAAACCUAUGAAUUGCCCCGCGCACUGCCUCAUGUUCGAGCAGCGUGUGCGCUCAUGGCGGGAGCUUCCUCUGCGCUGGGCCGACUUCGGGGUGCUGCAUCGCAACGAGCUGUCCGGCACUCUGGGAGGCCUCACUCGGGUCCGCAGGUUUUGCCAAGACGACGCUCACAUCUUCUGCACACCUGAGCAGCUGGAGCAAGAGAUUGUGGCUUGUUUGGACUUUGUGAGAAGCGUUUAUCAAGUGUUUGGGUUUUCCUUCCACUGCCUCCUGUCGACACGUCCGACUCCGUGCCUGGGGGAGCCUGAGCAGUGGGAUAGUGCCGAGCAGCAGCUGGAACAGAGCCUACAGCAGUUUGGCGAGCGCUGGGAGUUGAACCCAGGAGACGGAGCCUUCUAUGGGCCAAAGAUUGACAUCCAGAUAAAAGACGCUAUUGGCCGACAGCACCAGUGCGCCACCAUCCAGUUGGACUUCCAGCUGCCAAUCAGAUUUGACCUCCAGUAUGUUGGACGAGACGGCCAGCUGCAUCGACCAGUGAUGAUCCACCGAGCAGUGUUGGGAUCACUGGAGAGGAUGCUCGCCAUCCUGGCUGAACACUUUGGAGGGAAAUGGCCCUUGUGGUUGUCCCCGGCACAGAUCAUGGUCAUUCCUGUAGGGAGCAGCUGUGAGUCGGCUGCCAAGCAGGUGCUCCAUCGGUUUCGUGAAGCAGGCUUCAUGGCGGACUUGAACGACGACACCAGCGCCACCUUGAGUAAAAAGAUCCGCUCUGCUCAGCUGGCGCAGUACAACUACGUGUUAGUGGUGGGCGAUCAGGAGCGCGAGAGCGGCACAGUGAGCGUGCGGAGUCGAGGUGGCAAGCAGCUGGGCAGGAGGCCCGUGGAGGAGGUUCUGAUGAGUCUCACACAGCUACGAGACUCCAGGAGCAGACAAGAUGACUUUUAAGUCUGUUGUGUAACUACACCAUCACUAGGUAUUGUUUUGGUACCGGUUCCUAACUGGGCCAGUCCAGGAGGACUGUUAAGAUUCCGGACAAAUAAUACCCCCCUCCACCCGCCCGGGUGACCGGUGCAAUGAAUGCCGAGUGGAUACGGUUAAUAAUGUGAGAGUCCAGUCCAUACUGGGGCCAGCAGGGGAUCAUCUUGCAUGUAGACACGUCAGGGCGCGGAGACAUCACCGACUGAUGCAUAAGGAGUGGUCCAACUUCAUGCUAAUGUUUGUAUUAGAGAUGUCCGAUAAUGUCUUUUUUGGCGAUAUCCGAUAUUCCGAUAUUGUCCAACUCUUUAAUUACCGAUACCGAUAUCAACCGAUACCGAUAUAUACAGUCGUGGAAUUAACACAUUAUUAUGCCUAAUUUUGUUGUGAUGCCCCGCUGGAUGCAUUAAACAAUGUAACAAGGUUUUCCAAAAUAAAUCAACUCAAGUUAUGGGAAAAAAAUGCCAACAUGGCACUGCCAUAUUUAUUAUUGAAGUCACAAAGUGCAUUAUUUUUUUUAACAUGCCUCAAAACAGCAGCUUGGA